AAGAACGGUUCAAGGUAAGGGCCCAGCGGUUAAAAGCGAAAGAACGCCUCACUGCGGUUCUCAGUCCAGCUCACGCAGCCACAUGGCCAAGCUACUGAUGGUUAUAGCGACGGUGGCAUGGUUUGCCACCACCUCAAACGCACAGUUUGGAGGAGGUAAACGACCUCUAGACCCCGGAUUUAGCAAGCCUGUCAAAGAUCCAAACUAUGACAGACCAGCCAGUGUAGGAGAUCCAGGUUUCACCAGGCCUGUCAAGGACCCAGAAUACAACAGACCAGCCAGUAUUGGGGACCCAGGUUUCACCAGGCCUGUCAAAGAUCCAAACUAUGACAGACCAGCCAGUGUAGGAGAUCCAGGCUUCACCAGGCCUGUCAAGGACCCAGAAUACAACAGACCAGCCAGUAUUGGGGACCCAGGUUUCACCAGGCCUGUCAAGGAUCCAGAAUACAACAGACCAGCCAGUGUAGGGGACCCAGGCUUCACCAGGCCAAUCAAGGACCCAGAAUACAACAGACCAGCCAGUGUAGGAGACCCAGGUUUCACCAGACCUGGAAAUGUAAACUCUGGACUCUUGCGACCAAUUGGUCAAUGAUCUGGCAGGCAGCAGUUAGCUCAUCAUUGACUUUCUUCGCCUGCCUGCGACUAAACAAUGCAUAUUAUGUCAAUUAACUGUAACUUUCAUUAUGUACAAUAACAUAAUAAAUAUUUUGCAAAAUCA